UCUACGCAGAACAAAAAAUUAUCCAAACUGAUUUAAAAGUUUCAGAUAUUUUAAAAACUAAAACUCCUAUACCAGAUAAUUUUCUUAAAUUAGAAAAACCUACUUGUGAAAGAUUUGGUUUUACUUAUGAGGAAGAAUGGAUUCAAUUAGAUAUCCCCCACACUUUAAUGAAAGAAUUGGAUUUACCCCUAGGUGAGGAUAUUCCUUAUCCUGUUUAUAUUUCACCACAAGUAUUAGAAAGAAAACCCAUUUGUGGUGGUCUAACUAUUGAAAACAAGAAAGAAAUAAUUAUCGAUAAACUUUCCAAUAAAGACCAAGAAACCCAAACUAAUUUAACCGGUCAACAAAUAUUAAACCAAAUUAACCAAUUACAACAAGAGGAUAAUUUAAACCAACAAACUAUUAUCAAUCUCCAAGGAGAAAUAGCGGAAUUAGAGAAUAAAUUAACUGAAAUUGAAGGACUAAAAAA